GGCUCCGGCAUGGCCGGGAUCAUUAAGAAGCAGAUCCUGAAGCACCUGUCCCGGUUCACUAAGAAUCUUUCCCCAGACAAAAUCAAUUUGAGCACCCUGAAAGGCGAAGGUCAGCUGACCAACCUGGAGCUGGACGAAGAGGUUCUGCAGAAUGUGCUGGAGCUGCCUACCUGGUUAGCCAUCACUCGGGUCUACUGCAACAGGGCCUCCAUCCGGAUCCAGUGGACAAAAUUGAAGACACACCCAAUUUGCUUGUGUCUGGAUAAGGUGGAGGUGGAGAUGAAGACAUGUGAGGAGCCUCGGCCUCCCAAUGGACAGUCUCCCAUUGCCCUUGCUUCAGGACAGAGUGAGUAUGGCUUUGCUGAGAAGGUGGUGGAGGGGAUGUUCAUCAUCGUCAAUUCCAUCACCAUCAAGAUUCACUCCAAGGCCUUCCAUGCUUCUUUUGAAUUGUGGCAACUCCAGGGCUAUAGUGUCAACCCCAACUGGCAGCAGAGCGACCUCCGCCUCACCCGCAUCACCGACCCCCGCCGAGGAGAGGUUUUAACAUUUAAGGAAAUAAGUUGGCAAACCCUUCGGAUUGAGGCGGAUGCUACAGACAGUGGUGAUCAGGACCUAGUCACCACCCCACUGAGGCUUAUUACCAACCAAGGCAGGAUCCAAAUAGCCCUCAAGAGAAGAACCAAAGAUUGCAAUGUGGUGGCCUCCAAGCUGAUGUUCCUUUUGGAUGACCUGCUCUGGGUGCUAACUGACUCGCAGCUCAAGGCUAUGAUGAAGUAUGCAGAGUCCCUGAGUGAGGCCAUGGAGAAGUCAGCCCAGCAGAGAAAGAGCCUGGCCCCUGAACCUGUACAGACCACCCCACCUGCUCCCAGUGCCCAGCAGUCCUGGGCCCAGGCAUUUGGUGGCAGCCAGGGCAGCAGCAGCAACAGCAGCAACCGCCUCAGCCAGUACUUUGAGAAAUUUGAUGUGAAAGAGUCCUCCUACCAUCUGCUCAUCUCCCGUCUGGACCUGCACAUUUGUGAUGAUAGCCAGUCCCGAGAGCCAGGUGUCUCUGCAAACAGACUCAUGGAUGGUGCCAUGCAGCUUACUUUCCGCAAAAUGGCAUUUGACUAUUACCCCUUCCACUGGGCAGGCGAUAGCUGCAAACACUGGGUACGUCACUGUGAGGCCAUGGAGACCCGAGGCCAGUGGGCCCAGAAACUGGUAAUGGAAUUUCAGAGUAAAAUGGAGAAGUGGCAUGAAGAGAUAGGUCUGAAAUCACCCUGGCACCUGGGGGUAGACUCUUCCUCCUGGAGGAAAACAGAUUCUCUCUCCAGUCCUCGAAAAACCCCCCUUGAGAGAAGCCCCUCUCAGAGCCGACAGGCUGCCUUUCGGCCUCCAGCAUGGAAUCGCUUGCGCUCUAGCUGUGUAGUAAUACGGGUGGAUGAUUUGGACAUCCACCAGGUUUCUACAGCUGGACAGCCCAGUAAGAAGCCAUCUACACUCCUCUCCUGCAGUCGGAAACUUCACAACCUACCCACUCAGGUCUCUGCCAUUCACAUUGAGUUCACAGAGUAUUAUUUCCCAGAUAAUCAAGAGCUUCCAGUUCCCUGUCCCAAUCUCUACAUUGAGUUAAAUGGUCUGACAUUUACUAUGGAUCCUGUCAGCUUGCUCUGGGGAAACCUCUUCUGCCUGGAUUUAUACCGCAGCUUGGAGCAGUUCAAAGCUAUCUACAAACUUGAAGAUUCAAGCCAGAAAGAUGAACACUUGGACAUCCGACUGGAUGCCUUCUGGUUGAAGGUGAGCUUCCCACUAGAGAAGAGAGAGCAGGCUGGGUUACAUCGGCCCCAGGCCCUGGUCUUCUCUGCAUCAGGCAUGACUGCCACCAAUACACGUCAUGCCCCGCACUGCAGCUGUCCAGACCUCCACAGUCUCUUCCAGGGUUUUGCUGCUGCUGAGUUCUUUCAUUCCAAUUAUGCUCAGUUCCCCAAGGUUCCAGGUGGCUUCAGCCUUCUGCAUAUGCUUUUUUUGCAUCAUACCUUCCAGAUGGAUUCCAACCUCCCUCAUGCAAAUACCCUCCCUCCCCAGAGGCCUAAGGCUUCCCAGGAUCUCUGGUCCAUCCACUUCCCCCAGAUCUCCUUGGACUUUGAGGGAACAGAGAACUUCAAAGGCCGGACCUUGAAUUUUGUGGCCCCCUUUCCCUUGUCCGUUUGGGCCUGCCUGCCCCUUCGCUGGCAGCAAGCCCAGGCACGGAAACUACUUUUGGCCACAGAAGGGAGGCUGAAGCCAUCAGCCAGCUUUGGCAGUCCUGUUCAGUCUGAGGCCCUGGCCCCCGAUACUUUGUCCCAUCUGAGGUCAAAGACAGAGCAUGAUUUGAAAAGCCUGUCAGGCUUUCCAGAAGUCAUGGAGAUUCUGAGGGAAAGUGGUGGUGGUGUGGACAACAAAGAGCCUCUGACCGAGCUGGAGGAUGUGGCGGAUGUUCACAUGCUUGUGCACUCCCCUGCGCAUGUCCGUGUGAGGCUUGACCACUACCAGUACUUGGCUCUGCUUCGCCUGAAGGAGGUACUCCAGGGCCUUCAGGAGCAGCUGACCAAGGACACAGAGGCCAUGACUGGGUCUGCCCUGCAGGACCAAACAGCCUGCAUUGGUGUCCUCUUCCCCAGUGCUGAGGUGGCUCUGCUCAUGCAUCCUGUCCCUGGUGCUGCCAAAGCUGACUCUGCAGGUUCAGAUACCACCAGCCUUAUAGAUUCAGAGCUAUCUCCUUCAGAGGAUCGGGAGCUGAAGUCUGAUGCCUCCUCAGACCAGGGCCCAGCAAGCCCUGAGAAGGUUCUGGAGGAUAGUGGCGUUGAAAACCUAGAUGCGCCCCAGGAUAGGCCACUGCCUCUCCAUAGCAACGGAGAACUGCAGGACUCAGAUUCUCUUGCACAGCAGGUGGCAGGGAAGGGCCAUGAGGCAGUGGAUUCCCUGCAGGCCAAGAGACUGAGCAGAGCCCAAGCAUCCAGCUCACCAGCUGCCCUGAAGCCUGCCGGUGUUAGGGAUACUCCUGUGAAUGGACAUGGUGAGCUUAUGCCCUUGAAGAACAUUGAAGGAGAAUUGUCAAGUGCUAUUCACAUGACCAAGGAUGCCACCAAGGAAGCUCUACAUGCCACCAUGGACCUCACCAAGGAAGCUGUGUCUUUGACCAAGGAUGCCUUUAGUCUGGGCAGAGACCGAAUGAGCUCCACCAUGCACAAGAUGUUGUCCCUGCCCCCAGCCAAGGAGCCCAUGGCCAAGAUAGAUGAGAAGGUGGCAGCCCCAGUGAGUGGAAGUGCUUCCCGGCUCCGUUUUUUUUCCAUGAAGAGGACAGUAUCUCAGCAGUCAUUUGAUGCUGUCUCGUUGGAUAGCAGCGGCCCUGAAGACCGGAUUUCAGUGGACAGUGAUGGCAGCGAUAGCUUCGUGGUGCUCUUGGAGUCUGAGUCUGGUCCAGAAUCUCUUCCACCAGGAUCUCUUCCAAGUGUCCUGGACAGCGCUGAUGUUCAAGGGAGCCCUGCCGUGGAGAGUUGUGGCCAGGGGUCACUGGAGGCCAAUAGUUCAGUCUCACCCAGUGGGGAAGACCUCCGUCCUCACCUGGUCUCAGUUCUGGUGCUGAAGGUGAAUGACGUGUCGUUGGGGAUUGAGGUACGUGGCGAGGACCUGACUGUGGCCCUGCAAGCAGAGGACCUGAACCUGCAGCACCUGGGCACCGUGGGACUCUGGCCGUUCCUGCAUGGGCAGUGCCCGGGUACGAGCUUUCAAGAAUCCUCAACUUCGAAGACUUGCCACAUCAGGCCAGCUGUGGGCCUUCGCUUUGAGGUGGGGCCUGGUGCAGCUGUUCAUUCCCCCCUGGCCACAAAGAAUGGCUUCCUGCAUUUGUUGCUUCAAGGCUGUGACCUUGAGCUGCUCACCUCGGUGCUUAAUGGCCUGGGGCCCUUCUUAGAGGAUGAGGAGAUUCCAGUGGUAGUUCCCAUGCAGGUUGAGCUCCUGAAGUCCAGGAUCACCCUAAAGGAUGAUAUCCCCCCCAUCUACCCGACGUCUCCAGGCGCCGUGCCCAUCACUCUGGCCAUGGAGCAUGUUGUACUGAAGCGGAGUGAUGAUGGUGUGUUCCACGUAGGCGCUGCUGCUCAGGACAGACCAUCAGCUGAAGUACCUAAAAGUGAGAAGAGACAGCUUCCAGAAGAACAGGUGUUUUUGGUCCCCACUGGGGAGGCUUUUGGACAGCAGGUGACAGAACUGCCUACCCUACAAAAGGAACUUACAGAAACUAAACAAGCAUUGGCCAAUGCCAACCAGGAUAAAGAAAAACUUCUUCGGGAGAUUAGGAAAUAUAACCCCCUCUUUGAGCUCUGAUAGCAGUGGCUCAGCCAUCUGAGCCAAGGAAAGAGGCGAUCACCAGCAAUAGUACCACCUGUGACAGAAGGCAGCCUCCAGUGUUGAAUAAGUGGGCUAAGGAUGCCAGACGGACGGGGGAGUGCUUAACUCACUCCUUUCUGCUAGCUCUUCUAACUUGGAUGGCAGAUAGGGCCAAGCAUGACCACGUUCCAGGAAAUUGGGGGCAGCUUUGUGCGUGGUUCAGGCAUGUCUUGCCUACAUAAAGCCUUUGGGUCCUCUGCAAACUAGGUGGCAUCUUCUGCACACUGUAGGGCCAUUUCACCAUGGUUUCAUGACAGAGACAGUUGCUUCUUCCACAGCCCGUGAACAAGGUUACGUGUUCACCUCUUGUCACCCACAGAGCCACCAAAGAUUCUCUGUCCUAGAGCUUCCUGUAGCCAACCUGAACAGUCCUUGGCCUGAGCUCUGGCCACGGUAGUAGAGUAGAACGGAAACAGCCAAUGAGGCGGGGGCCAGGAGAGGCAUGAGAUAAGGGAGACAGGACCCUGCAUUUUUUAGCAAGGGAACCAAGCUCAUAUCACCUUGGCUGAUGCCACAAUCCGGUUUUCAGGGUUACGCUUCCUUUGUUUUGCUUUCAUCAUCGUUUUGCUGUGGUAGAAAGUAAACAAGGGUAGCGGCUCAGUUGUAUCAGCUUUCUCUUCUAUAACUCAAUUUAUUUGAAAUUUAAGUCAAGAAAAAAUAUUCCCUCUGAGCUCGGUUGAAGGCAUGAUGUGGUGUAGGGAUCAGAGGAGCUUGAUCCUGAGCCCCAGGUGCCUGCCUAAAGUCCUCUCUUCCGUGGCUGCACCUCGGAGGUGAUUUCCUGUCUCCCUGGGGUCCUUGGCACAUCUGUUUCUCCAGCACUAUGACUUUCUACCAGCACUCUCCUUAGCACCUGGUUUGGGAGCUGAAAAUGUGUUUUAAACUAUAACAUAAACAUCUUAGCCUGUUGUGUCCCACUCCCCUCUAUCAUUGUGGCUUUUUAAAAUCAUGUAAUUUUGACUUAAGUUAAAAAAUAAAAUACCCUUUAUCCUAGCUAGAUUUUGCUCCUGCCCCAUGAAAGCGCAGUUUCCUCUUCCUCUCUUUCCUACCGAACACUCGGCCUUCAUCUGUACUCUUUGGUAUACUUCAGGCUGUGCUGUUGAUUGGACAGAAAUUCAUCAGCUAACUCACCUUGAAUUGGCAGGAUGGCAAACUAGUGAUUUAGUAGUGCCAGUAAAGUCUUAAUCACAUAGACCUAUUGAAGGAAAGGUAAAGUGGUUUCCCUGUGGGAAAUCAUGUCCAACUUGUAUAUUAUAGGUAUUUGAGGAUAAAAAGAAACGUGUUCAAGAAGGAACAAGAUCUAAUUUGUUCAAACUUUUAAAGAACUUUUGUCAAGUUCUUCACAAAGGCAGUUUAAAAGCACCAGUUACUAUGAGAUUACAGGAAUAUUUUGUCAUGCUUGGGAAACAACUUAGAGACUUAAGAAUAAACAUCUUUCUGGAGAGAAUGUUAAUGGGAAGUUUCCUACUGGUUGAUGCUUGGUUAGACCUUAUUUAAUAUUUUUAUAAGUAACCUCAAAGUAGGAUAUUACAGUGCAAUCAUAUGUCACUACUUCUAGGCAUUGAAAGGUAAACCAGAAGAGACUUAAAAACAAACAAACAAAAGACAACAAACCUGCAGGAGGGCCACAAGCCAGGCUGUGAGUAGUCAGGAGUGACAGGUUUGGUUCGGUGUAGGUGAGUGUGAAGUAAUGCACUUACAGAAAACUCAGCAGCCGGAGGCAGUGAGCUCUGCUAGGACUCAGGGAGGAAACCCAGGCAUUGCUGAGGGGGGAGGUCAGUGUGCUGCUGUGGCCAAAAGGCCAGCUACAUCAUCAGCAAGGCACAUGGAGACACAGAAAACGGACCUCACACACAGCCAUGCUAGUGUCUUAAUUACCUGUGCACCUCAGGUGGCCUUACUUAAAAAAUACAGGUGCAGAGAAAAAAGGAUCAGGGGGUGAAGGCACUUAGAUGAGGACACAUCUUUAAAAUGUUGGCUCCAGUUCUGGAACGAUGACAGCUGAGGAUGGUGUGUGAUCAAUAUCCAGUGAAGAGGAAGGACACGCUCACUAGGUCCUGAAGUACUAGCCCUCGCCUCUACCUCACAGCCAUAGGUAAAAGGGAGCUCUUCUCAUAGCAAGUCAGAAACUUGAGCUCAUGGUCAGGAAGUGGCGCUGGCAGGAACUGCUGGUGCAGGAGGGGUAAGGAGUCCUCGCAUGGUAUAGGCCUCCCGAAAGGAAUUACAGGCCACUAGGGCUAUUUGGUGAAAUACAGCUCCACAAACUCCCCCUUAACGCUUCUUUUACAGGCAGAAUGGUGAACAAAUGGAUCACUGGUCCUCUCAAAUAUGGCAUUUCUAAUGUUCUUGGAGGGGGAGGAGGGAGAUCCAGUAGCUGGAAAAUGGAACCAUUCAACCUUAGGCUCACUAAUUGGUUUAAAAGCACUCUGAUUUUCUUCCCUUCCUCUCUUCCCUGACCCACUGUAUCCCUCUGGCAUCCCCCCAUGCAAAGAACAUGUCUAAGGCCUUCCCUGGUAUACCUUCACCUGAAGCUUGUGCUUGGUGGAAGGCAAUAGAAACAGUCUGGGAAGUAGCAAGGCUAACCCCUGUAAUAGCCAGAGCUCAGCUAGUUUCUGGGCUCUCUGGAGCUCUUGUCCAUGUGACAAAUGCAGCCCCAAAUUUCUGACUUCCAUUAUAUGGCAGCUUUGGCCAUUGGAUCUUGAAAUCCUCCCUCAGGAAAUACAGUAGGGGUCAUUUGUCCCAUGGAAUUUUAGUAAACAUCAUCUUGUGUAACUUCAUGCUUCUGUUCAAUGGAAGAAGGAAGUUUUUUUUUUUUUUUCAUAAUGAAGAAAUGAACUGGUUAUCCUCAGGAUAAAUGUAAAGGAAAAAAUGGAAGGAAAAGAUGGUAUCAGCUCCUUUGAACUGCUUACAAUUUCUGCCUUGGAGCUUGAAGGCUGAACAAGAAAUAAUACCUCAAGAAAACGUCUGGAGUGAUGAUAGCCCCACUUCUCAAAGACUCCAGCUACUGUACAUCAGCAUUUCAGCUGUGAAACAUUUUCACUGUCUCAUCUGGGAUUGUGUACAUUUCCUGUUUACGUGGAUGUACUGGAGAUAUGUUUUAGUGCAUUUGCACUGGUUUAAAUCUCAUAGCUGAGCUGCAGGGAUGGUUCUCAAAUUGUGUUUUCAACUCACUGAAAUAGGUAACCUAGCUUCUCUGACUUAAGACAGAGGUGUGGAUUCUA